AUGAAGCAACGAAACUUUGAAUUGCUGUGUGCUGCCAUGCUGGGCUUUGGUCAGCUAUGCAUUAUGGUCGGCUAUGAUUCUGAAUCCUUCAUUCUGGAAUCAGUAAUUCAUUCGAUUCAUGAGAGGAAUCCGGAGAAAGUCAGUCAGUAUGCUGGUUAUUAUGGCCAAGCCGUGAUCUUCGCCGCCUACAUGACCACUUGCCUCUUCGCCCCAUCAAUUCUUCACAUCAGCACUUCCAAAAGUUUGCUGAUUUUCUCCGCAGUCUCCUACACACUGUUCCCCCUCGGAUUCCUAUUUUUCAAUAUUUACUUCUACUUUUUCUCAGCUGUUUUACUGGGUAUUGGCACAUCAUUUUACUACUUGGGAAUGGGAAACUAUUUGUCACAACACUCAACAAGAGAGACUAUCGAGUCGAAUGUCUCGAUCUCGUGGUCCGUUGGAUGUUGUUGUUUAAUGAUUGGUGCUGGUAUCCUCGCUGGUAUCACCUCCUUCACCGUGCCCACGAUUCCUACAGUAACCCAGAAUUCCACUUUGCAAGAAACAUUCCAUCAACAUGAACGGAGAUAUAGUGAUAAUGAGAUAAGAAUGUUAUCUGCCGCAUUUUCUGGAAUGUCAGCGCUGGCCAUUGUAACAUUCGCCUUGAUGCCAUCGAAAAGUGUGGAGAACUCACUGGAAAGCGCUGAGAAAAAACACGGAUUUGUGGAGUCUUUGAGUAAGUCACAAGAAACGCGUCAAGCACCGAAAGUGCAACUCACUUGCACUACAGUAAUCUCCCCAAAACUUGUGCAACUUCUACCCUUGACAAUUCUCGGAGGAUUCAAUGUAUCCUUCUGGUUGGCCAUUUUCCCAACAGCGAUGAAUUUCACAAAAAGCAAUUCAAGUUUGAUCUACAUCCCUGCAAUCUACAGUCUAGGGGCUGGUCUCGGCGAGGUUUUGAUGGGUCUCCUGAUCUCAGCUUUAUCAAAACGAAUCAAGGGAUUCGGGCUGAAACCAACUAUGGUAAUUGGUGCACUCAGUGUAUGUAUAUAUUGUGGUCUGGUCCAUAUUUCAACCCCAUUUGAAGCUCCAAUGCGACCAACCAGUCAGGAUUCGAUUUGGAUUCAACAGGGCCACGACCAGCUACACCCAGCCAACGACACAGACCAAUCAAUCGACGACAUAAAAGGUACAGAGGGACAGGCAGCAGAAUGA